CUCAGUAAAAUACUGCGUUAAAGGACUUAAUUGUAACGGCACGGUUAAGUCCUUUAACGCAGUAUUUUACUACGCUAAAGGAUAUUACCUCUCUCCUUUAAAGACCCCGACAAAAACCCAUUGGGUUCCACUACUGGUCCCUCCCAAAAGUUUUAAAAAAAAAAAAAAAAAAACGCCAUUGAAGGAGAAAACUAGUAGGGCCCACUUCCAAAAAACGUCGUUUUCUAUUCAAAUUUCGUUAGAAAAGUCUAGAUUCUCGGUAUAUUCAAGUCAAGGAGCAAGAUUCUAAGGUCGAACUUUGGAAAAAAGCGACGUACAACUCGAUUAAAACAACCCUACAACAAGCUUCAAUCAAGACACGACUCUUUCAUGGAUCCGAAUGUUCACCCGGGGCCCGCUGUUCACCCUGAGCCCGAUGAUAGAUCAGUACUUUCUUUGCAAGACAAUCAUAGGUCAAAGUUAUUAUGGAUUGGUGCUAUAGGGAUAGCGAGUAGGCUCUGUCCCCGUAGGCUGCAGAGAGCGUUGACUCUUUUACACGAGCGCCCCCACACCCCCGCAUCUUAGAGAUAUUGUUUCAGGGUGGUAUAUAUCGUUGCGUGUCCGUUGGUCGGGUGCAGCAUAAUUGGGCGCUCAUUGCGGCAAUGGUUGAGCAGUGGAGGCCAGAGCCACAUACCUCCCAUCUACGCACUGGUGAGACCACGAUUACACUUCAGGAUGAAGAGGUCUUGUUUGGAUUGCGGGUAAAUGGAGAGCCAUUAUACAGUUGGUACGAGCCUCCUCCUGGUAGGACAUGGGUGUCGGAAUUGUCUAGGCUCACCUAUUUCAUGCCUAGUGCUGCGGCCCAGGUCUCGGGAUUGAGUCGGGUGCAGAAUAGUGCACUCUGCACUUAUUUGCUCGCAAAGCCUCCUAUUGACGACGACACUUCUCAGGACGCUGCUGAUCGUCAUGCCCGUUUGUAUCUACUCAUUAUAUUCGGGGGCAUCUUGUUCCCAAACACAUUGGGUGCCUAUGUCAGCUUACGAUAUUUGAUCUUUUUGAAGCAUCUGGACUGCUUGGGAGACUACAGCUGGGGCGGUGCUAUUUUGGCGUACCUCUACCGAUGCCUAUGUCGAGCAUCUAUUGGCUGUAUCAGCGAUGUGUGUGGAUUUUUUGCUCUUCUCUAGUUAUAGGCGUGGGAGAGGUUGCUGCCUUUUCAGCCCGUACUUAGGCAUCACCUCUGUAUUGACAUGCCCUGCGCGAGGAGGUGGACGGCAGGGUUUGACCGGGAUGUGGAUAUGCACCACAUUAUUCUUCCAUUCUGGGACCAGCUUGAUCAGAUGACAGACGAUGCGCUAUUUAUAUAGACGCCGUACGUUGCUAUUUUGGAUGGGUUACCGGCCUUUUGCAGGGUUGGUCAGGCCGUGUGGAGGUCACGUGUCCAUUGAUACACCUAGACAUCGUUGAGGACCACAUGCCCGAGCCCAUCUUACAACAGUUUGAGCAUACACAGAAUAUACCCCCAACGCUCGUCAUGAGCUCCGACACUACCGGCGGGAUGAUUGAGCGGCCAUCGAUGAUGCAUUUUUGGUUUUCAUGGGUGUCCAACUCCAGCAUUGGCAGGAGAGGUUGGGGACUUUAGCGGUGGUCGGUCAUGCGACGCCCAUCAUGGAUUACCUGCACUGGUAUCAUGGGAUCACACGCCGAUUGAUUGAAAACCCAACUUUGCAUCUCGCAAGGGAUGUAGGAUACGCAGCACUCGCGGGGCAGUACGAGGCAUUGCUGGUGGCUGUACAUCGAUUAUACAUAUUGGGGUUAAAGCAUAUGUCUAACCCUGGGGUUGCGGGGUUUGCUGCGGAGAUGGUACGGAUAUCUGAGGGCGGUAUCCGGCAGGCAGGAGAGGUUAGGCGCAUGGAUGAUCCUGUUCUAGAGGGUGAGUAUCAGGCGGCGCGAGGAGGAAGACGUGGUGCUGCCAGAGGACGCAGUGCUGCUAAAAGACCUGGUCGUGGAGAACACCAUCUGGUAGAUGAGGUCGCUCCCAUUCCAGAGGUCGUUCCCAUUCUAGUCCUUCCGCAGCCGUUCCAGGCCAGUGGCAGCUCAGUUGGACCGUCACCUAUGUUUACGUCGGCGCGCUUACUUGCGAAGAUACCUGGAUCUUCAUCUCAGCCAAGCCAGAAUGCGUACACAAAGGAACGUGAUGACAUCGAUUGGGCGGCGUUUCGCGCAUCAUUAGAUGAUGAGUGGCCAGUGAGAAAUUUAGACGGUCCCAGUAUUCUUGAUUUUGAUGGCUUUUUAAUCCCGGAUUCGGUGCCAGUGGAUCCACCAGAGCAACCCACUCAGGCAUUUUCUCGUAUGUCUGCUGAGCCAGAGGUGUCUUCUCAUGAGACUGUCAAGCCACAGGAUUCGGCGUCAGUGGGUCCACCUGUGCGAUCCACUCAGGCGUUUUCUCAUGGGCUUGCAGAGCCAUAAGUAUCUUCUCAUGAGACUGUCGAGCCACAUAUUCAUCCUUCGGCGACUGCGGUGGCAUCUCCCGACAAGGAUGAGAUCUCAUUUCCAAAACCAGCUCAGCCUAAGAUUCCGAGCGUACCAACGGGACUAGAUCCCAAGAAGAAGUACGUUAUCCCGAAGGGCACAAGAGCGAGGGAUGAUCAUGGCUUAGAGCACCCUUUUAUUAAGAGGAAAAAAAAGGGAUGGAGACGAUGACGAGAGCAGUGGGGAUGGUAUGAGCCUUAGGCCUAAGGAUAGUCUCAAGCAUAGCACAUGUGGGACCCAUCCAUGAUACACAUGUACAGUUUAAGUAAAUAUUAUAUAUUUUUUGCGAAUCUAUUUAUAUUUAUA